AUGGAGGCAAGAAAGCGGUUUGGCGUCUCGAAUUGUUGGACUCGCGAUGGACGUGUACAAGUGAUAGGGGCUGAUCGGAAACUUCGCCGCAUCUCUUCGCUGAAGGAACUCGAUUCAGUUCCGGACAGCAUACCGUCAUCGACCGCAGCUGAUGAUGCAAAGCUGACAAGAGACAAGACCCGUAAUAAGAAGGCUCCAAAAAAGGGUCAAUAA